CAGCUUGGAAUGAUCAUUCGGUCAACCUCAUCCGGUCACAUCCCAUCUUACAGCUUUAUGUUGGUGACAAUGGGAAGUACUGCUGUUUUACUUAUUGGUUGGAGAGCUCUAUUGUUCAGUGUGCUUCCUUCAGAGUCCAAGAAGAAAGAUGAUACAUAUCGAAAAGGCAGCGCCUUCGAACUAUUUGAGUUGUUGACUUCAUUAAUAAGACGGUGGUGAAGGAACCUAACAUCCAUGAACGUGCUUGCGUAUGGAGAUUUGAGAUUCAAUAUGCACAUAUCAAUAUCAUCACCACUUUUUCAUUUUUGUAAGGAUGACAAGUCUACUAGAGAUAUAAAGAAAGUACUGUUUUGAGAUUACAUAAGUAUGGAUGAUACCAAAAACUUAAGUAGGAAAAAUGUAUAAUAUAUAAAUCAAAUUCUUUAAAGGGAACUUUACAG